AUGGUCGACGUCAACGCUACCAGGGCAACUUCGAAGAAGAUCAAAGACUCCUCGUCGUCGAAAACCAGGAAUGAAGACAACUCAAUCGCAAACUCUCUUAUACCCGGUGGAUCUAACGUCGCUACCUCAGACGCAUCUACCCAAGCCAAUAAGGGCAGCAGCAACGUCCAAGCCUUAAACGGCAGCCUCACAAACCCCGGAGACGGGAGGGCAGGAGUUUUGAUCAGCGAUGGCGAGCAAGCGAACGAUAGAAUGCACUCCCCACUAGUAGACACGAGCGAACAUCGCAGAGACCGAGCCCCCGCGGCAUUGUUAAAUCCAUCCGCUAAGGCAACGACCAGUGCUAUCACUGAUAGCCAAGCCGUGGACGAGGAAGAGGAAGAUAGAUCGCCAGCCAUUGCAGCGCCAUCCAUCAUGACUGAGAGACAACAGAUGUGGGACAGAGCGGUUACUGCGCAGGAGUCGGGAGACAAAGACUUGGCAGAGAUGCUGUUCAAAGCGAUAGGUCGUAUCGGAACGAACGCUCCAAAACAAAUCUCAGACGCGGGCAUAUUUGCCAGACCUGUCAUGAUCGAUUCAGGAGAAAUAACCUAUCUAGGCGCCAAAGAAGUCACCGCGACGCAACCAGCUACCAGACCCCAUGUAGAAUCUCAAGAGCCAGAAAAAUUCUUCCUGACUGAAGGAGACCUGGUGUACGCUAUCGGGUCAGUAACCAACCACAAUAGCGUCGGUUUCGCCCCAUUCCUUGACGAGAAUAUACGGAAGCUGCGUUCACCGCUACCCUUGACGAUCUUCAACCGAAAAUGGCAGCAAAGAGCCAUGGCUCACCAUCUAGACCGACGCCAGAGAUCCGACGACUUGUCAGCUGACAAGGACAAAUCUGGCGGCUAUAAAGGUUUCUCUUUCGUCCAAGAAUGGACGCAAACCUACGCCCAGUGGAGCCGCAACCAUAGAGCCUUUGCAAAGACACUCCACGACGUGUACAAGAUAAUAAAAUUCUCAAAGUUAUUAGCAACACACAAGAAUAAUUGCGAUGAUAUAACAGAAGAAUUCGGCUUCAUGGUCGCCUUCCGGUACAAUAUGGAAGUCAGAAGCAACACGUUCUCUCAUAGAAUAACCAACGAAGAUGUUAAAAACGCAAUCCCGGAUAUUUCUCAACGGAAGGAGUCGGUAGUUGAGCAAUGUUAUAACACAUGCCGCAACUUUGGUGAACUGGAGUGGGAGGAGAAUUUGUAUGCCCCAGGCCUUUCGCACAGCAAUCACGACCCGUUAACCGGUUACCUGAAGCCUUUGAGAAACGGCAACGGGUAUCAAGCGUCACACCACAACAACGCGAUGAUUGCGAAUCCAAAUUUCCAAGGCCAGAGCUGGAUGAAUUCUCCUACCAAUGGCUACAUGAACAGUAACAUGAGCGGAAGCUAUAGCUACAAUCCCAGAGCUAAUCACCACACAAACGGUCAAGGAGGGAGCGGUAAUCAAGGCUUCCAAAACGGGGCGAAAAGGCCACGAGGUGGUUAUAAAGGCGGUAACUAUACAGAAGGCUACGGUAACAGAAACGACGGCGGCCAAGCGAGCGGGAAAAAGAACAACCACAACAAGCAUCCAUCGGAUAAUGUGCAAUCAAGCCGCCCAUUUGCAGAGUCAGAUGAUAACCCUAAUGCACGAAUAGAGUGGCCCCAAGGGGUCAAAUGUGAGAUGAAUAUAGAACUUUGGGAAGAGGCCUUGCAAAAAGCAGGCAUUCUAUCUAAAUAUGAAGAUGUUCUUCUAGGUUUCCGGGACGGUUUCGACCAAGGGAUUCCAACUCACAGGAUUCAAGGCAUGCCUUGUUUCACCCCUGACAACCAUUUAUCAGCAAGAUUGGCAGAAGAUAAGAUCAGGGAUUCAAUGAAGAAAGAGCUUGCCGCUGACAGGAUGUUCGGGCCCUUCACAAUUGAGGAAGUGAAAUCAAAGUUUCAAUUCUUUAGGACUAACCCGCUCGGGGCGGUAGUUAACGGCGACGGUUCCGUUAGGCCUAUCAACGAUCUGUCUUUUCCGCACGGGGAUCCAUUGAUACCAUCAGUAAAUUCGUUCGUGAACAAACACGAUUUCGAGACAACAUGGGAUGAUUUCAAUGAGGUUUCUUCUUUCUUUAAGCUCUCAGAAGGACCGCUCCUUUUGGCCUUGUUCGACUGGGAAAAAGCGUAUAGGCAGAUCCCAACUCAUCCGUCACAGUGGCCAUACCUGAUGGUUAAAGGAAUGGACGAGAACCUAUACCUAGACACUAGGAUUACCUUUGGCGGAGUCGCAGGUUGCGGGUCUUUCGGAAGACCAGCGGACGCAUGGAAAGAGAUAAUGUUCGCAGAAUUUGACCUGAUCAAAGUUUUCAGAUGGGUGGACGACAACCUUUUCGUCAAGAAAAUGGGCUCGAAGACGGAUAUGAUAGAUAUUGUAAACAGAUCAGUUGAACUUGGAGUACUGACGAACUUAAAGAAAUGUUCGACCUUCUCCGAGGAACAAAAAUUCAUUGGCUUCUUGUGGAACGGAGUGACAAAAACAGUACGCCUCCCAGAAGAAAAACUAGAACAAAGGAAGAAACAGAUCCUCGAAUUCCUAGACAAGACUAGAAAAUUCUCAUUUAACGAGCUCCGAUGCUAUUUGAGGAGCCUCUAUAGGUGGAUGUGCGACUGGUUUGACUUGGACGCAAAAAGGUUCUCACCUGAAGAUGUCUUACUAGAUCUUGGUCGAUGGAUACAUACGUUGAAUAACUUCAAACACAGUCGACUUAUUUCCUCAGCCGACCCGGUUGAUAUUGGUUGGGUAGGCGACGCAUCGACUAGUUUUGGCAUAGGAGUCUUAAUUGGGAAACACUGGAGUCAACUCCGGAUCAUUCAAGAUCGAUUCAAAGGACUACGGAAACGAAACAUUGCUUGGCUCGAAACCGUUGCAGUCCGAGUAGGGCUCAUCAUGUUGAAACAGAUGAACCGGUUGCGGAAAGGAUCAAAUGUUUUGGUUUGGACGGAUAAUACAACGACCGAAUCAGCGAUCCUCAAGAGGAAAUCGGGCAAUACUGAAGUAAACGACGAGUGGAAAGUCAUACAAGAUUUCCUAAUAAGUGAAGAGAUCGAGUUGACGGCAAGAAGGUACACGCUGGGUCUCUGA